AUGGACCAAGCCGUAUAUGAAGUUCUUUCACGCGUUCUUUCGCCAGAUCCUAAUAUACGAAUGUCAGCUGAACUAAGACUGCGAGAACUAAGUAACGCUCCUGAAUAUCCCAUCAGUCUUGCCAAAAUGACUAUUUCACAGGACGUGGACAUCACAUACCUAAUUAAUUUAAAGAAUUACGUGAUUUCGCAUUGGUCUUCCACUUCAGAAACAUUUGCAGGAGUAGAAACUACCGAAGAGGUAAAAGCAAUUGUACGCGAAGUAAUAUUCAACGGAUUGUCAGAUCAAUCAAACAAAAUCCGUGUUGCAUCGGCGUAUGUUAUAUCAAAAAUUGCACAUAAUGAUUGGCCUGAUUAUUGGCCUGACCUCUUAGACUUAUUGAUAUCGCUUUUAAAAACUGGCUCACCAGAGCAAGUGCAUGGUGCGAUGAGAGUUAUGACUGAAUUUGUCACACAUGAUAUCACAGAAGUCCAGUUUUCUCAAAUUGCACCCAUAUUAUUACCAGAAUUAUUAAGAAUUUUACGAUCCGACCAGGUUUAUUCUUAUAGAACACGUGGACGAUCCAUAGCAAUAUUUAGACAUUGCAUCGAAAUACUGUUUAUAUGUAAAGAAGAACAUCCCGAGGCAACAGAAUCGUUUCUAAUGGCACCUGUCAUACCAGAUUGGCUGCAAAUUUUUAUCAACAUUUUAAAGCAACAUACUACAAACAAUGAGGAACGUGAAUUUGAAGAAUAUGGUUUAAAAUUGGAAAUCGUCAAGGCAUGGAUAGUCUCCAAUUUUUAUAUCAAAUUAUGA